CCGUUUUCGCUGUCGCUACACUCGUGAAUUCUCUCCUCGCCGGCGCUUGAUCGCAGUUGAAGUUUUACAGCAACGGCAAUGGCCUCUGUUCAGCCAACUCCAUAUGCCUUCUCUGAAACUCCCAUCCUAUCCCGUUUCGCCACUUUACGGCCAUGGCGGGAGCUUCUCCAGCCGCCGUCCUCCUUCAUCCGCCCUUCAUCCAUUUCCGAAGCGACCAUUCGAUGUAAGCGCAAUCUCAACUACUUUCGUGUUAAUUACACCUUCAUCGUCUUGCUCAUUCUCUUUCUCAGCCUCCUCUGGCACCCUAUUUCCUUGAUUGUCUUCUUGAUCGUGUUCGUUGCCUGGUUCUUCCUUUAUUUUUUCACGGAUGGUCCAUUGGUGGUGUUUAAUCGUGUUGUUGAUGAUCGAGUUGUGUUGGCUGUGCUUGGAUUGGUUACGAUUGUCGCUUUGGUGUUCACGGAUGUGUCGUUGAACGUAUUGAUUUCGGUUUUGAUUGGGGUUUUUCUUGUUUUGAUACAUGCGGCCUUUAGGGUUACAGAGGAUUUGUAUAUUGACGAGCAAGAAGUCGCCGAUGGCGGAUUGCUUUCGGUUGUUGGCAGCAGGUAAAUCCCUGGUUCAUAGAUUCUAGGUUACCAACGAUGAUCUUGCCUUGUCCGAUCCAAGUUCUUCGUGCCACGAUUCCAAUGAGUAUUAGAUAUCAAUCUUUUCUCUCUAGCUAUCACUUGGAGAUCCGGUUUGAUACCACUGAUUAUUUUAGGAUGAUUCUUUUAUUACCAAUUAAGUUUGAAUGAGCAUUUGGGUGUGAUUUGCUGCAAUGUUUUGGGUUUGAAGUGUUCUUUACUUUUGGAAAGAUGAAAUUUCAAACAGUAGAUAUCAAUGUUGGGUUUGAAUGUCCUGUUAAUGUAUACUAUGUUUGUCUGCUAUUUCAUGU